GCGCGUCCGAGGGGGACGGGAAGCAAACGAGGGGCGGACCGACCGACCGACGGACGGACGCGCGCGCGGAGCCACCGAAGAACGGCAGGCAGAGGAAAAACCGAACGACGAACGAAGCGACGCCGCGAUGGACGGAGGCGGUUUGUGAGUAAAAAAAAACCCACACCGCGGCACUGCGAGACUCCCGCAGCCGAGAAGCGAGCUCGGUUCGAGCCAGCUCCAAUCCGCGGGGGAUUAUCAUCCCUUCGAGGGGAGGCAGCCCCGGACUGGGGGGGCUGGAGACCGGAGCGCCAAUCCCGGAUGGCUAGGCGCGGCUGCUCUCGCUCUCCCCCACCCUGACCCGGGCGAGGCGCACCGUGGACGGCGAGAGAGGGCUGGGGCGGGCGGGGGAAGACGAGCUCCAGGGGACGUCGGAGGCCGUCAGUCGGCGUUCCCGCCUGUUCGGAUCCCCGGCCUGUUUCCGCUUGUAAACAAACACGAGUGGGACAUCUUCAUCCUUCAUCGUCAUCCCCACACUUGUGCCAUGGCUGAAGGUCCACGCGUCAGUGUGGAAUGUAGCAGGACGGUGUAGUGACACACACACACACACACACACACACACACACACACACACACACACACACACACACACACACACACACACACACACACACACACACACACACACACACACACACACACACAUAUAUAGACAAGUAAAAACACACACUAGUUGGCAGCCAUGCCAGUCUUCAGUGGCCUCCUCAAGGUGCGCGUGUGCGAGGCGGUGGACCUCAAGCCCACCCCCUGGGCCCUGCGUCACGCCGUGGGCAAGAGCGGCUCCUUCCUGCUGGACCCCUACCUGGCCCUCAACCUGGACCAGAACCGGCUGGGCCAGACGGCCACCCGCACCAAGACCAACAGCCCCGCCUGGCACCAGGAGUUCUGCACCGAGGUCCGCGAGGGACGCAGCCUGGAGCUGUCCGUCUUCCACGACGCGCCCAUCGGCUACGACGACUUCGUGGCCAACUGCACCAUCCAGCUGGAGGACCUGCUGCAGAACGGGACCCGGCACUACGAGGACUGGAUCGACUUGGAGCCGGAGGGGAAGGUGUACGUGGUCAUUGAUUUGUCCGGAUCGUCGACUGAGGCCUCGGGAGCCAACGACAAUGAGGAGCGCGUCUUCCGAGAGCGCAUCGGCCCCCGGCGGCGCCAGGGGGCGGUGCGGAGGCGCGUCCAUCAAGUCAACGGACACAAGUUCAUGGCCACCUAUCUGAGACAACCCACCUACUGCUCACACUGCAGAGACUUCAUAUGGGGCGUCCUGGGGAAGCAAGGCUACCAGUGUCAGGUGUGCACGUGCGUGGUGCACAAGCGCUGCCAUGAGCUCAUCAUCACCAAGUGUGCCGGCAUGAAGAAGCAGGAGGACACGCCGGAGGAGGUGGGCUCGCAGCGCUUCAGCGUGAACAUGCCCCACAAGUUCAGCAUCCACAGCUACAAGGUGCCCACCUUCUGUGACCACUGUGGAUCUCUGCUGUGGGGGCUCUUGAGGCAGGGCCUGCAGUGCAAAGUGUGUAAGAUGAACGUGCACAGGCGGUGCGAAAGCAACGUGGCGCCAAACUGCGGCGUGGACGCCCGAGGCAUCGCCAAGGUCCUGUCCGACCUGGGGGUCACGCCCGACAAAAUCUCCAAUACGGCGCAGCGUCGCAGGAAGUUGACCCCCGGGCAGGACCCUCCUCAGUCUCCUCCUGAGCUGUCGCAGUCGGAGAACAGCUUCAGCCAACCAGCUGUCCCCACCUCGCCCUCCCAGCAGGACUUGGCAGAGUUGGAUCGCCUGCAGGACGCACUGUCACUGGACCAGCAGGGACCCCAGCACUCCUCCUCCUCUUCCUCCUCCACCAACUCCUCCACCUCCUCCUCGUCCACCGCCUCCUCCUCGGGGGUCCGGGAGAACGGGCAGAGCCAGAGGAGGACCCUCAAGGACUUCAACCUGAUCAAGGUUCUCGGCAAAGGCAGCUUCGGCAAGGUGAUGCUAGCCGAGCUGAAGGGGACGGAGGAGGUUUAUGCCGUCAAGGUCCUGAAGAAGGAUGUGAUCCUGCAGGACGACGACGUGGACUGCACCAUGACCGAGAAGCGGAUCCUGGCUCUGGCCCGCCGACACCCCUACCUCACCCAGCUGUACUGCUGCUUCCAGACCCGAGACCGCUUGUUCUUCGUCAUGGAAUACGUGAACGGAGGAGACCUGAUGUUCCAGAUUCAGCGCUCCCGCAAGUUUGACGAGCCUCGCUCUCGAUUCUACGCCGCCGAGGUCACCUCAGCGCUCAUGUUCCUGCACCGCAAUGGAGUCAUAUACAGGGAUCUGAAGCUGGACAACAUCCUGCUGGAUGCCGAGGGUCACUGCAAGCUGGCCGACUUUGGGAUGUGUAAGGAGGGUAUCAUGAACGGCGUGACCACCACCACUUUCUGCGGCACGCCCGACUACAUCGCCCCCGAGAUCCUGCAGGAACUGGAGUACGGCGCCUCGGUGGACUGGUGGGCCCUGGGGGUCCUGAUGUACGAGAUGAUGGCCGGGCAGCCCCCCUUCGAGGCCGACAAUGAGGAUGACCUGUUCGAGUCCAUCCUCCACGACGACGUCCUCUACCCCGUGUGGCUCAGCAAGGAGGCUGUGUCCAUCCUCAGAGCGUUUAUGACCAAGAACCCGGCCAAGCGUCUGGGCUGCGUGGUGAGUCAAGGCUGCGAGGACGCCAUCAAGACGCACGCCUUCUUCCGAGAGAUCGACUGGGUGCUGCUGGAGCAGAGGAAAGUCAGACCCCCGUUUAAACCCAGAAUUAAGACCAAGCGAGACGUGAAUAACUUUGACCAGGACUUCACCAAGGAGGACCCCGUGUUGACGCCCACUGACGAGACCAUCAUCCGGCAGAUCAACCAGGAGGAGUUCAAGGACUUCUCCUACUGCGCCCCCGAGGAGACGCACACCUAACACACACACACACACACACACACACACACACACACAGAAGUGAGUACCACCCUCACAUUUGUGUUAUCUUGUCAAUAGUAAGUAGACUUGGCUUGCCUUUAGAGUAGUCAGUGUACAGCUUGUUUAUAGCCGUGUAGAUUUACUGUCAACACACUGCCAUCUUGUGUCAAUAUUUGGCAACCUCACACUGUCCUAGUUGUGUGAACAUUUAGUGUUUUAUCCUGCACUGCCUUAGUGCUCUUGGGCAUGGAAUUGAGCGGACAUGUACAAAUUGAUAGUGGAGUCAUUUUCCACUCAUCCAUGAUGAGAUCACAGGUGGAGCUAGUGGAGGUUAGACACAUUCUUUCCUUCCUUCCUUCCUUCCUUACUUCCUUCCUUCCUUCCUUCCUUCCUUCCACUACUACAACACAACAUCACAUGUUGAAAUUCCAUCUUUCCCCUCAAUGAACCGCAGCUCCUCAGUGCCUGCAGCACUCCUGCUACAUCCUUCUUUACUAUCUUCUUUCCUUCCCUCCUUCCUUCCACCACUACAACACAACGUCACAUUGUGCAUUUUUAUCUUCCCCUCAAUAAACCACAGCUCCUCAGCACUCGUACAACUUCUUCCCUUCUUCCUUAUCUUUCCUUCCUUCCUUCCUUCCUUCCUUCCUUCCUUGCUACUACUACUACAACACAACAUCACAAAUUUGUCUUUGCACUUAAUAAACCACAGCUCCUCAGUGCCGGCAGCACUCGUACAACUUCCCUUCCCUUCCUACCUUUUUUCUUCUUUCCCAUCUUUCUUCCUUUUUCCCCUCUUUCCUUCCUUCCUUUCUUCAAUCCUGCCUUCCUUUCACUACUACAACACGUCACAUAUUGGAAUUUCUUCUUUCCCUUCGAUAAACCACAGCUCUCUCAGUCCCGACAAGCACUCGUGCAGAUUUCAUCCUUCUAUCCUUCCUUUUUUCCCCUCCCUCACUCCCUUCCUUCCUUCCUUUUUGUCUUUCUUUUUUUUACAUCCUGCCUUCCUUUCUUCUACUACCACCACACAACGUCACAUGUUGGAAUGUCAUCUUUCCCCUCAAUAAACCGCAGCCCUCUGUGCCAGAAGCACUCGUGCAGCUCCGGGACCACAAGUCUACCCCCGUCAUGCUUGACGGUGGUCACUUACCUUGCUGCCCACUUGACUAACAUAGCUGUGUGUUGACCCGUUGACAGUAAAUAGUGUAUACAAGCCGCACACUGACUACUCUAAAGUCACUUUCAUGGCAAAUUCUUGCUGAAUUGUGAGUGUGAGUACUCACCAUUGUGCCACACACACACACACACACACACACACACACACACACACACACACACACACACACAC